CUAAACAAUAGAUACGUCAUUAUGUGUAGAGCUUGUGUGUUAUGUGUAACGUUUUUAUAGUAAUCGUUCAUGUUUUAAACUUUGAACAGUCAAAUAAUGUCAGUAAAAGACAUCGCAAGACAAAUUUUAAGUGGCUAUGUAGACCGAGAGACUCAAUUAGAAAAUGAGAUAAAAGAAUUGCUUAUUAGGAAAAAAAAAACAUUAAAUUCUGUGGUGAAAGACGAUUUUUUUAAAAUAAAACGGGAUCUUUUAGAAAAACAAAAAAAGAACGCCAGUAAUAGAAACGCAACAUUUCUUAAGGAUCUCGGACUAAUGACAGCCAAAUUACGCGCUUCGAUGGCUUGCAAUGACCUUACCGACCAAACAUUAGCCAAAGAACGAAAAAAAUAUAUAGAAUACCUUCGACAAAGUAAAAAUUCUGCGGAAGAAGAACACACCACUUAAAUGUUUUUAAUAGAUAAAUACUAUUGUAUUUGGGAUUAUUUAUAAUAAUAAUAAUAUCUUUAAUAAAUGUAAUCGUUAAAUACAAAAAACAGGAUCGGCUCAAUGUUACCAACAAAAUAAGCACUGCUCAUGUCCCUCGAGUUUAAUGAAAAGAAUAAAAUUGUGUACCAGGAAUUCAUGAGGUAUUGCGCAACGAGAUUACAUAAAGUAAUAUUUUAGAACGACGUUAGUGUAUUUUGCGACAUUAUCAAAAUAUAGUACCAGGAAUUUAUGAGAACUAAUAAGCGAUCAUAUGUCUAGGUGUCUUGAAAAUGUGCUCUAUGUUUCGCUAGCGAUUUUGAUGUAGUUACUAAUUAGAACUGUAUUUUGACCUGGACAAAUGACGCAGCUAUCUAGGAAACAUUUAAAUGCGUCAGCUACUAAACGUCUACUAAAAAUUCGGUAACUGCCUAGGAGCCCUGAGACACCAAGUGCGACCUUACCAUCAACAUUAUUUAAUAAAAUGGUACUAUUAAUGGCAUUACCUGUCGAUAAUUCUCAUGUGUUCCUGGUACUAAAAUCUCAUCCGACAAACAGUGUCGGAUGAGAUUGCUGACCUGCAAGAAUCAUUUUGUUGUUUAUUUUUGUAGAAAUAAUGUAAAAUUGAAAAACUUAUUAAAUAUUCUACCAUUAAUCUACUAAUACAGUGACAUACCCUGGGGGGGUGCAAUAAGGAAUAUAGCCCUACCUAUUGAUUGAUUGUUAUUAUUUAGAGAAGACUUUAACGCUAAGUAAGUUCGUAUGAUAAACUAAAAAACGAAAUAAAAGAGCUUUAGCCCCCGAGUAAAUAUCUUGACUAGGCCACUGCUCAAUUAUACAUUAUUUUGGUUAGAAUUUGUAUUUAUUUAGUAUGAAACAAAAAUUGGAAUCCAUU